AUGGCGGACAAAGUACCAUGCAUACGUCUGAACAGCGGUUAUGACAUGCCUAUGCUGGGCUUAGGGACCUUCAACAGUUUCAAGCCAAACGAGGUUGGUGAUGCCGUGAAGGCUGCAAUACAGAUCGGAUAUCGCCAUAUUGACACAGCCUGGCUCUAUAAAACGGAACCGGAAAUCGGAGUCGCCAUUAAAGAACUGAUCAAAGAAGGGAAAAUAAAGAGGGAAGAGCUGUUCAUUGUGACUAAGAUGUGGGUUGACUGUCACGAACCACAUCAGGUGGAGCCAGCGUGUCGGAUGUCACUGGAGGCCCUAGACAUGGAUUAUAUAGAUCUGUAUCUCAUACACUUUCCCGUGCCUUUCGUUGUGAGUCAAGACUUCUCUGCCUUGUGUGAUUUAAUAAUCCAUGUUGAAGUCUGA